AUGAAUGUCUCUAUUUCCCCCUACCUUCCUCUUGGUGGCUAUUAUGUUCUUGAAACUGAUAAUCUAGAUGAUCCCGCGAGCAGUCAAGGAAAACGAUCAAUUCGGGCCGUCCCGUCAUGGCCUGAGCUGAAAAGUGCUAAAGGGCGUCAAGUAGACGGCCAUUUGCUCGGCCAGGCCGUCCUCGACAUCGAGGUCGAAUCCAGCUUCGGCUUUACCCUUUUCGUGGAGAGUCUCACCCUGCCGCUUAAUCUUGACCAGAGCUACCUGACUUUCUACAACAAGGGUAAAAUCACUGGUGUGGUCACCCUCGAAGCCCUCGCCCGCGUGACGUACGAGAAGAAGAAGGUCAUUCUCAACUUGCCAUUCCCCGGUGCCUCGUUCAAGAUUCCGGGAAUCGCCACCAUAGGUCCUCAGCUCACUGUCGAGGGCAGUAUCGAUGCCUCACUCGGCAUGGCAGGUGUGAUUGAGACCAAGCUUGAGAUUGCCAAGUGGGAAGUCCGCCAAGUCAUGCCCGACACCGAUUCCUACAAGCCCGAGCUUAUCGACAACAGCAAGCCAAGCCUCGAUCGGACAGGCGACUUCGGGGGGAUCCAAAAGCCUGAAUUCUAUGCAGGUGUCACUGCCUCUGGAGACGUCACAUUUAAGUUGUCGGCCGCUGCUGAGUUUGGCGUUCGCUUUGCCGAGAAGUGGGAGAUUGACCCGGCGGCCGCCGCAGUCGUUGGCGAGGUCAGCCUCACGACCAAGUUCGAAGCGGGCAUCUCGACCAUGGGAACUUGCCCCUUCACAUACGGCCUCGAUGUUGGGGCUCGCUUGUUCGCGAGAGCAUCGGCGCCCAAGAUGUUCGGCUGGUCUGGUGGAGAGGUUGACCUGAUGGACAAGUGGGAAAAAAACAUUAUCAAGGGCGGCACUUGUCCCGAACUGGGUCCGAUACCUUCCAAGAGAAGCCUACAAGGUAUCGACCACCUCCUCAUCGAUGGCCGCGCCGAAGACAAGGACAUGACCUGGAACAGGUCGAGGUUGGGAGCUGCCGAGUCCGGUGCCUACAGCGCCUCGGAUGUGGAGUCCACAACCCUGUGCACGAGGGAUAUCUCCGGCGGGCACAAGUCAUCCGUAGUCAAGAGAGGUGGUGUAUACGGUCCAGCGUUCAGCCUCCCCGUCGGCCAGUUCUUCUGCCCUUCUCUAGACGGUGAAAAGGGGAUCACAUGCGAGCAAGCAUAUCAUGCCCUAGAAACGAGCAACGAGGGCAGCACCUGGAGCGACAAGCGUAGGAGGGGGCAGGGUGAGAAGAGAGAGAAACAGAUGCCAACGCCUACCAUUGAUGAAAACGCCAUCGCUGCACAUUUCCAUGCUCAUCGGCAGCGAAGCCAUGGCCAUGGCCAUAACAGAGGAGCAGAGGUUCUGCACAUGUUUGACAGCAGGGCAGGCAAGGAAAAGCCUAUCCAGGUCUGCUGGACCAAUCCCAUGGACUGUGGCAACUUUGACUUUGGCAGCCCCCUGACGGCACGCGCCGCCAACAUCGAGUAUCACACGGAGCACAUCCUCGAGGCCCAGAUGAUCCGCCUGUUCUUCGACCACUUAGACAAUAAGAAGUCCAAGCUACCCGACCCGAGGCCAAGUGCUAACCCGGCAGCCACCGUCUCCUUCUGUGCAUAUGUUGACCUGCUGUGGGAGGUGCCCCCUUUCGUGUGGCCCAACCAGGACACGACCGGCGGUGUCGGCAAAGCUUGGAACCCCAUUAUGCACAUUGCGGCGCAGUUCCCAACAAAGACGUUCAAGAAGUCGGAAUUUGUCGCUCUCGAGUCCGCCAUCAACACGCCUUCUAAGACUAGAGCCUGGGCAUCCGAUGACCCGUGGACAACUAAAACCUGGACUAAGGACCUUUCCGACUAUGCAAAGGCCAGGGUGAUUCUCCAGAAGAUGCGCAGCACAAUGGGCUCUCGCAUGUACCAGAGCCACUCUACCAUCAGUAAGAUCAUGAAGACCCAGACGGAACGGAUCGGCAACGUGCUCGACGCCCUCGACUCAACCCUGCUGCCCGCCAAUCCGCGCGCUGGUGGAUACCAGAAAUGGUCAAAGCAGAACCUCGAGUCCGAAUGGCUCAGUUACAUGAAGGGCCAGUACACCACCAUGCAGUCCAAGACCAACGGCCUUGUCAAUAAUUUCCUUCCAAAGAUGAAAGCUGCGUGGGUAACGCAAGCCGAGAAGGAGAAAUGGAAGGACGCCGCGGGUGACAACAAGGCGGUAUUAGACGAGAAAAGGGAACAUCGAGAUUUUAUAAAGUCUAUUGAAGAUUUUGAAACGAAAUGGAAUGGGCUACCUACGUGGACCAACCCGCUCUAA